ACAGACAGACUUGCGCACUUGAACUGGGGCUGUGUGGGAAAAUAGUGCACAGGGGCAUAUGCGAGCGGCUCGAGCUUUAACCUGAGACCUAGGAUCCAUCUCACGACUCGGGUCCAGCUGUGGAUGUCCAGCAUCUUUUGUUUCUGGUUUUCGUUCAAGCUUUUAUAAGGGGAAACAGCCUUGAGUCUUUACAGUUUCAGUAAACCUAAAGAAAGGUUCAUUGAAAGUGAUCCAUUCAACAUGGAAUUACCGGUUCUGGUUUUAGUGGCGGUGAUCUUGUCUUUCGGGACCAGCACUAAACUGAAUGUGCCGCGUCUUCGCCUGUCAUACAAAGAUCUGUUGGCCACAAACCGUACCUCCGUUUUCAGUGGUUUCCAUGGCGAUCUACACUUGUCGGCUGUGUUUUUGGAUGAAUAUCACGACAGGCUUUUCCUGGGAGGGAAGGAUGUUCUCUACUCACUGAGACUGGAUCACACACAUGAUGCUAAAGAGAUUCAUUGGCCUUCGUUGCCUGGGAACCGUGAGGACUGUAUUCUCAAAGGGAAAGAUCCCGAGACGGAGUGUGCAAAUUUUGUGCGUUUGCUGCAGCCAUUUAACCGCACUCAUCUGCUGGCCUGUGGAACUGGAGCUUUCCAACCCGUGUGUGCGUAUGUGAACGUCGGACACCGUGGAGAGCAUGUGUUCAGUUUGGACCGUACCACAGUUCAGAAUGGGAGGGGGAAAUGUCCUCAUGACCCCAAACUACCCUUUGCAAGCACCUUCACAGGUGGAGAGCUGUACACCGGUCUUACUGCGGAUUUUUUGGGGAGAGACUCUGUGAUUUUGAGAGGUUUAGGAACUCGCUCACCCAUGAGAACAGAGACAGAUCAGAGAAUUCUACACGAGCCCAGGUUUGUUGCGGCCCACCUCAUCCCUGACAGUGCAGACAGAGAUGACGAUAAAAUUUAUUUUUUCUUCACUGAAAGAGCAACAGAGACCACAGAGCGAGACGAUGAAGGAGCCAUACACACACGCAUUGGGCGAUUGUGUGCGAGUGAUGUGGGUGGGCAGAGGGUUUUGGUGAAUAAGUGGAGUACAUUUAUUAAAGCCCGACUGGUGUGUUCUGUUCCUGGACCUCACGGCAUCCAAACACACUUUCACCAGCUGGAGGAUGUGUUUCUGUUAAGGACCAAAGAUGAAACCAAUCCAGAGAUCUACGCAAUAUUCAGCACAAUCAGUAAUGUGUUUCAGGGCUAUGCAGUGUGUGUCUAUAGUAUGGCUGAUAUCCGUGAGGCUUUUAAUGGGCCAUUUGCUCAUAAAGAAGGACCGGACUAUCAGUGGGGACCUUAUGAAGGAAGAGUCCCUUAUCCACGACCAGGAGUUUGCCCCAGUAAAAUCACAGCCCAGCCUGGCCGUGCCUUCCGUAGCACACUGGAGUUUCCAGAUGUCGUUUUGCAAUUUGCUCGAACGCACCCACUAAUGUGGCGCCCCAUUUACCCCUCACAUCGGCAACCACUGCUGCUCCGCACCGGCGCCCCCUACAGGCUGACACACAUCACUGUAGAUCGCACACAGGCCGAAGACGGAUACUAUGAUGUCCUGUUCAUCGGCACUGAUAUUGGGACAGUGCUAAAGGUUAUCGUACUAGGAAAUGGUAACUCUCUCACCAGUGAAGAAAUCACGCUGGAGGAAAUGCAGGUUUUCAAGGUACCCACUCCCAUAACCUCCAUGGAUAUAUCUGUGAAAAGGCAAACGUUGUUCGUGGGUUCACAGUCGGGUGUUGUCCAGGUUCCUCUGCACCGCUGCAGUAUGUACGGUAAAGCCUGUGCCGAGUGCUGCCUGGCUCGAGAUCCAUACUGUGCCUGGGACGGACACACCUGCACACGCUACCUGCCAAACACAAAACGGCGUUACCGGAGACAGGACAUCAAACAUGCAAACCCAGCACUGCAGUGCAUGGACCAAAACCUCAGUGUGGAGGAUCUGGAUCUGACUGAAGAACGGGUCAUUUAUGGCACUGAGAACAACAGCACCUUCCUGGAGUGCAUCCCUCGAUCACCACAGGCCACUGUCACAUGGCACAUUCAGAGAGAUGACCACUUAGAAGAGGUGGUAUUAGAUGAACGUAUCAUUAAGACAGAUGACGGUUUGUUGUUCCGGCGUGUGUUACGUCAGGACGAAGGCAUCUACGUGUGUCGAUCUCGGGAACACGGAUUUUCGCAAACACUCUCACGCUUCUGGUUGGACGUCUUACACGCCGACGCCCUUUCGGACCUCCUGUCACGUGACAGCAAGUAUAAAGUGUGGUCACCGUGCCCCGCCAGCACAGCCCCUGCCAACCGUGGGCCAGCCAGGGCGUGGUUCAAAGACGUCUUGCAGCUGAUUGGUCCUUCAAAUUUGCCGCAGGUGGAGCAGUACUGCGAACGCGUUUGGUGUAAUGAGAAGCUAAGACGCAAACACAAAAGCAUGAUGGACAAAUAUCGGCAAGCGCAGGACUCCACACGGAAAUCACGAAUCCAAAAGAGCACGGGAGAAUCCCGAAUCCGCUCUCCACGGGACCUCAACACACUAGAGUAAAAUACAGACCCACGUGAAGCAAAAUGGACUUCCAAUGGAAAAGUGGACUGGAUUUUUAGAUGCCCUUAUACACACACAUAAACACUUGCGUUUGGUGAUGUAAAAUAAUGUAGGUUUUAUGUCUAGCAGUCCAAGCUUUCUCCAUGUUAAUUAGGACAUUCUUGAGCCUCCUCUCCAAAUAUUCCUGUGACCAGGACAGCCGGCCCUCAUCACUUCACAGUAGACCGUGGCUAAUGUCUCACUUAAGAACUUAGCAGCUGCAAAAUCUUUUUACUGGAACAAAUGAGGGUAGACAGGAUGGGACUAGUAGACUGGAGCGCUGCCACUGCUAUAACAGGUGCCAAAAAACAUAUAUUCAUUUAAGAUUCGUCUGGCUGUGAUACGACAGGGCAUAAUGCUUAGAGACUUUUCCUCAACUGAGAGCUAUGGCAGUGCUCAACAAAACUCAGCUUGCCAGUUCAUUAAGCUGUAAAGAAUUAAAAGUUUGGACUAAUUAGACUAUUUUCUGGUAACUAAAUCAUAGGUUGACGACCGUUGAGACUUCAACAGAACUGAUUUUGUUCUUAAUCAGCUUGAAACACCACAUCGCGAUCAUGAGCUACAGAGCUUUGUACAGGGUCAGUUUACUUUUCAUUCUUUGCAAAGUUUUGGUAACACUUUAUAGUAAGGUCUAAUUCUUAAGUUAAUGCAUUAGCUAGUAUGAAAUAGCAAUGGACAAUAAUUUUACAGCAUUGUGACU